CUCUCCCCCACAUUCAGACCAUCAAACUCCACAGCCAUGAGGCUCUCUUUCCCUUCUUUGUUUCCUCUACUCUGCCUUACCCUCCUCUUCCUCUCCCUGGCACUUGGACUCAGCCAGCCCAACUGUGAGACCCCUGACCAAGGCUCCACCCUCCAAGUCCUCCAUGUCUACAGCCCUUGCUCUCCAUUCAGGCCAAAAGAGCCACUGUCCUGGGAGGAGAGUGUGCUCCAAAUGCAGGCCAAGGACAAGGCCAGGCUGCAGUUUUUAUCUAGCCUUGUCGCCCGCAAAUCUGUGGUGCCUAUUGCUUCAGGCAGGCAGAUCGUCCAGAACCCAACUUAUAUUGUGAGGGCUAAGAUUGGAACUCCUGCUCAAACCAUGCUCAUGGCCAUGGACACCAGCAGUGAUGUUGCUUGGAUUCCUUGCAAUGGCUGUCUGGGCUGCUCCUCCACUCUCUUUAACUCUCCUGCCUCUACUACCUACAAGUCCCUUGGCUGCCAAGCUGCUCAGUGUAAGCAGGCGCCAAAACCCACAUGCGGUGGGGGGGUGUGCUCAUUCAACCUCACCUACGGUGGCUCCUCCUUAGCAGCCAACCUCUCACAGGACACCAUCACCCUAGCCACCGAUGCAGUCCCCGGCUACAGCUUCGGCUGCAUACAAAAGGCCACCGGCGGAUCCCUACCGGCGCAGGGCCUCCUGGGCCUAGGCCGAGGCCCCUUGUCGUUGCUGUCCCAGACCCAAAACCUAUACCAAUCCACAUUCUCCUACUGCUUGCCUAGCUUCAAGUCCCUCAACUUCUCUGGGUCGCUGAGGUUGGGCCCAGUUGGGCAGCCCAAGAGGAUCAAGUACACCCCAUUGCUCAAGAACCCUAGAAGACCAUCACUUUACUUUGUCAACCUUAUGGCAGUUAGGGUCGGCCGGAGAGUUGUGGACGUCCCUCCAGGCUCCUUCACCUUCAACCCCUCCACCGGUGCCGGCACCAUCUUUGACUCCGGGACGGUGUUCACGAGGCUCGUAACGCCGGCGUACAUAGCAGUGAGAGACGCGUUCAGAAACAGGGUGGGGAGGAACUUGACAGUAACGUCACUGGGGGGAUUCGACACAUGCUACACGGUGCCCAUAGCAGCGCCCACGAUAACCUUCAUGUUCACGGGCAUGAACGUGACGCUGCCACCGGAUAACCUGCUGAUUCACAGCACCGCCGGCAGCACGACCUGCCUGGCCAUGGCAGCCGCCCCUGACAACGUGAACUCGGUGCUGAACGUCAUUGCCAACUUGCAGCAGCAGAACCACAGGCUCCUCUACGAUGUCCCCAAUUCAAGGCUGGGCGUCGCCCGUGAACUCUGCACCUGACCCACUUAGCCCUUUUGAUUAGAUGUCGGUGUUGUGAUAGGUAUUUUGCCUUGACUUGUCGAAAAAGGAGUGAGUUGCGGUCUGGGGGGUGAGUUUUGUUUUGUAGUUGAAGAUGUCACGGGCGUGGGCGCCGGUUAUGGGUGUUUGUGUACUUUUCUCUCUCUCUCUCUUCUUAUUUUUAUGAAGUGGAAAUUGGAAUAGUUUAGGGUGUCGUACAAUGUCACGGGGCUCCUGCAGGGGUUUCAAGUUUUUCAAUACUGUCUCUCAAAUCUAUAAAUUAUUAUAUUCCUGUGCAUUGCUAUGGUUUUAAC